GGCGCCGACGGGGAUCCGCGCCGCGCUCCUCGGGGACCCCGCGGGAGCCGGGCGCUCGCCUCCCGGAAGCCACCGAGGGCGCCCAGACCUCGGCGGAUUGAACAGAAACUGCUCUUCCAUUGAUUCGGCCGGGCUGGGCGAGCGGCCGGGUGCGUGUGCCCCGAGCGCGUGCGGAAGGCAGAAGGGAAGGAAGUCGGUCUUCUGCAACGAGGGUGGCGGCACCGCGCAGGCGACGGAGCCUUCCUUAUUUAUGUGCCUGCCGGCAUUUGCCUUCUUCGCCCCAAGACUUCAGGGAGCGUCUCUGAGCCGCGUUCCCCGCGUGUGAGGCACAGGAGGAAGGGCUGGAUGUCUGAACAACAUGAUUACCCAUUAACCUCCAAACUUUUCCUUUUUUAACCCAAAGAAUAUCGGUGAUUUUUGUCCACUGCUAGCAGAAGAAGAGAGAACCCGGGGCCCUUGAAACGCAGCAAAAUCCUUAUUUAUAAUCAGGCCCGAGGUAGUGAUAUGCAAACCCCCUCUACUCAGUGAAUUUUCUAUCCUAUGGAUAUCAGUCUUGAGAUUUGAGAUUGGAGAGCUGUACUGUCUGCACUGGGUCCGGCAGCCUCCGUCCUUUCAAUGCCCGAUUUUCUCUGGGACUGCUGGCCUUCCCUGGGGAUCAGAGCCGUACUGUGUGCCAUGGGCUGUAUUCAGAGCAUCGGGGGCAAAGCCAGAGUCUUCCGGGAAGGCAUCACGGUGAUCGAUGUCAAGGCCUCUAUCGAUCCCAUCCCCACCAGCAUCGAUGAGUCCUCCAGCGUGGUGCUCCGCUACCGGACACCCCACUUCCGUGCCUCGGCCCAGGUGGUCAUGCCGCCUAUCCCCAAGAAGGAGACCUGGAUAGUUGGCUGGAUUCAGGCGUGCAGCCACAUGGAGUUCUACAACCAGUAUGGGGAACAGGGCAUGUGA